AUGGUUCGCUGGUUGUUUGAUGAUUUAUGGAGAGGACAAUCUGCGCCAUUGCGUGCGCCACCACCACCACCUCUACAACGUGUUUCCAGUAACUUCAAUCUUUCGAGGGCUUCACUUGCGGAUACUACCGUUCCAUUUGUCGCUGGAUUAAUACGAACAUUGACUGGUGAUAAUAUAUUUGAUUCUUAUCGUUUUCCGUCGAUGCCUGCAUCAGUUCUUGAAAAUUCAUUGAGGAGAUUGAAAAAACCGCCAAAUCCAUUCGUUCGUGAUUAUCAGGUAUUAGGUUGUGUAAGUAUAGGAGGUUUUGGUCAAAUUCAUGAUGGACGACGAAAAGCAGACAAUCGUGCUGUUAUUGUGAAAAUCUUACCAAAAGCUCGUAUUCUUAAUUGGGGAACAUAUCAAGGCAAACGUGUUCCAUAUGAAAUUGAAGUUCUUUGGCGUCUUCGUGGUUUACCUGGUGUUAUAAAUAUAUAUGAUCAUUUUGAAGAAAGAGAUCGUUUUAUAUUUAUAAUGGAAAAAAUUCCAUAUUCAUGUACGCUUUUCAGUUUUGUUAUGGAAUGUCCUCCAUUAGCUAAUACAGAAUUAUUAAGACAUAUAUUUCGAGAAAUAAUUCGUAUUAAUGCAUCAUUACAAAAUAAUGGUGUUUGGCAUCGUGAUUGUAAACCUGAAAAUAUACUUUAUUGUAGAAAUGAUCGAACAUUACGUUUUAUUGAUUUUGGUUCAGCUGCACCAGCACGAUUUGGAGAUUUUUAUGAAUUUCAAGGUACAUUAGAAAUUAUGACACCUGAAUGGAUAUUAGAAAAACGUUAUGAUGGUGAACAAGCAUGUGUAUGGACAUUAGGUAUUUGCCUUUAUUUUUUGCUUUUUCGACAAUUUCCAUUUCGUUCAAAAUCCGAUAUUAUUAAUGGUCGAUUACAUCUAGCAUAUUCAUCACCAGAUAGACAAGCAUAUGAAACAAUGAGACAAUGUUUAAGUAGAAAUGCAUAUCGUCGUCCACAAUUAAAUACUCUUCUACAGUUACCAUGGCUUCAAGGACCAUAUUAA